AUUAGUCAGCUACGUAUGACGUGCCAUGGCGCUGAGAUGUGGUUUCAACACGUUUGUGAUAGUGUGACAUACAUAUAAUAAAUUGACUGUACAGAAGAAUAUUCAUUACAAAUGUUUCGUCUUGAAGAAAUUUGUAUUUGUUCAGUUGAAAUGACUUAGUGUUAAUAAUAAAUAUUACGGGAAUGGUAGACUCAUUGUCAGUAUUGGCAGGAUGAGUUAAGAAAAUCAAGAUAUAUCUCACUGGGAUAAAUUAUUACAUUGAUCUAAGUCCGUGUUAUUGACCAUUGAAAAGUAAAAAUUGCUAAAUAGUUAGACGAAUUCUUCUCAUUAUGGGCACGACAAACGCACAGACCGAUCCGGAGCACGGUCCUGACGAAGCUAAUCCUGGUGGGAGUUCGAUAGAAGCUUUUUUCGCUGAAUCGGUUAUACUUAUCACUGGGGCAACAGGAUUUCUUGGAAAAGCACUUCUCGAGAAGCUUCUAAGAUCGUGUCCCCGACUUGCCACCAUUUUUGUACUUAUCCGUCCCAAAAAGGGCCAGACAAUCGAGCAAAGACACAAGGAAUUAAUUGACAAUCCGGUAUUCGACAGAAUCAGAUGGGAAUUCCCUGGUGCCCUGAACAAAGUACUUCCAGUCAAGGGUGACGUCAGUCAAGCCGAACUUGGCCUCAGCGCUGAAGACAGAAUGAUGUUAUGUCAACGAGUUAAUAUAGUUUUUCAUAGUGCAGCUACCGUCAGAUUUGACGAACCGUUAAAGGUCGCGGUGAAUUUGAAUACAAGGGGUACAGCGUAUAUGGUAGAACUAUGCAAAAGUAUGAGAAACCUAAUUAGUUUUAUUCACAUUAGCACGGCCUAUAGUAAUGCAGAUCAGAAAGAAAUCAAAGAAAAGAUCUAUAAUACAAAAACAAAACCUCAGACGAUCAUCGACAUGUGCGAUAAUUUGGAUGAUGAAACUACGGCGAUCCUCGAAAAGCGAUUGAUAGGAAAGCAUCCGAAUACUUAUACUCUGACGAAAGGUCUUGCUGAGCAAAUUAUUUUCACUAGAGGUAGUGAGUUGCCUGUCGCUAUUGUUAGACCAAGUAUAGUAUGUGCUGCUUAUCAAGAACCUUUUCCUGGCUGGGUCGAUAACGUUUGUGGAAUUACAGGUAUUAUGAUGGAAAUUGGUAGAGGUACUAUCAGAAGUAUCGUAUGUAAUAAAGAUUUGGUAGUGGACGUAGUGCCUGUCGAUUAUGUUGUGGACACGUUAAUAUGUGCAUCGUGGCACAAUACAGUACGGAAAACAAAUGUUUUAAAAGUAUACAAUUGUACAAGUGGACCGUUUAAUCCUAUUAAAUGGGAAGAAUUUGGAAGUCUGACAAAAAAACACGCGAUAGAUUCACCCUCGAAAUACGUUAUGUGGUAUCCAGGAUUUACUUUUAGAAAAAAUAAAUUUAUACACAAGAUCGCUGUAGCUAUACUACAUUUUCUACCAGCUUUCGUGGUAGAUCUUGUUUUACGAUUUCAAGGAGGAGAACCGAUCAUGAUGAAAAUUACAAAGCGAUUUGAACGUGCUGCAAAAACCGGCGAAUUCUUUGCGAUAAAUGAAUGGCGAUUUCAUGGAGAAAACAUGAAAGAGUUGGCAAAAUUCGUAAAAGAGGCUAACGACGCUAAUCAUUUUAAUGUCAAUAUUACCAGCUUGGAUUGGGAUUCUUACGUGCAUCAGUAUAUGCUGGGAAUUAGAAAAUAUAUUCUAAAGGACAAUCCUGAUACAUUGACCAACGCCAGAAAUCGAUUGUGCAAAUUAUAUUGGGCAGAUAAAAUCACUCAGGUACUCAGCUUGUUCGUCCUAGUAAAAAUGAUUGGGCGCAUUGGUCGGUGAUGUUUAUGAAAAAUAACUCGGCUAAAUGUAAACGUAUUCUUUAUUAACACACAAUUGCUGAAAAGCUCUCGAAAAAAGAAGAAAGGUCUAUUAUGUACAUUCACCAUUUAUUUUUCAAUGCAAAUUUAGUAAGCUGAACAUAUUAGUAAUACCAUUUACAUCGCUUGAAGCGAUCUAUGUGUACGAAUUGCAUCGUGGGUAGUAUGCAUUUUUCGACAAAAUGCAAUCAACAAAUGCAACGUCAAAAAUUCAUGAAAAAUUUUACAUGUGUGACCUUUGCGCACGUGUACACAUAUCGUUUUAACGUAUUUACAUAUAUGCGAGAUGGUCGUUUGUCAAAAAUUAAUAAGACUUGUAUUUUUUUUUCUGGGAAGCACGGGUGUAUAGAUAUUAAUUAAUUCAGUCUAGAAAUGUAUAUCAUUAUACUGUACGCCGACGCAGUCGGUCGGUCGGUGGAAUUGGAAAAAAUAUCUCUAAGAGGAAGAAGGAAGGGGCAAGUAGUAAAUGGAUAUAUAAUAUAUUUGAAGUCUUGCCAUUAAGUCAGAAUUUAAUUGGUCGACGAAUAGUGCCAUGUGUAUGACACAUAAUGUCUCGUUCAAUUAUUUCACGUUUAUAAAUGUUUAACGAAUGGCUCUCGUUACUUUAUUAUAUGCUUCUCCUAGACAUUGUCAACAUAAGUGUAAGAUCAACUUGAAAUACCUCUUAAAUGCUGCCCAUCAGUUAUAAUGAAUUAGCUAGAUAACGUAACGAUUACGAUACAUAAGGAAUCAAAAGUACUACGAUAAUGCGAUCGAUUAAUUCGAAGCCAUGACACGAUGGAAUAAUUAUUACGAACAUCGACUUCGUGUGUCUUAUGAAUAAGAUGAGGCAAGCGAUUUCGUGAAACUUUUUAAUGAAAAUUCUAUCAUCAACUUUCAUUUGCAUUCUGUCAGUUUUAACACGUGUUUUAUGCGUUAUAAUGCACACCGGGUACAGCGCAGUGUAUAUGCUUAUCAGUGCAUUACGGGCAGCUAGUAAUGAUAUGACUAUUUGCAAAUCAUACGAUAAACAUAUAUAUAUCUGACUAUAAAAUGCUGCAGUUUCACUGUUAAAUUUCGACAUAGUUGAUAUGAUCAAACAUGUACUGUGUUAUACUUUGACGUAAUUAAUUAGGGAGAUUCUGUAUAGCUAAAAGCAUUUGCGUUACCUCUUAUGAUCGUGAGAUAGGCCGACCACAAAACUUUGCAAUUUACCUUACAGAAAAAUUCUAGCAGUUUCUCUGUAUUACUGAUCUGAAUGAAAACUGCCCUUACUUGAAAAACACAAUCAGCAGUAAGGAUCACCUGGUGCAUUAUGAACUUUUGUCAUAUGCUACCGAUUCUAAAAACACGCUCGAUAUACCGUACAAUCAAAGACUAACCGAAAGGCUUUAACAUAAACAAAGUUAUACGUUUUUUUUUAUGAGCACUAUAAGUUAUGCAUAUUAUGUACUUUUGCGACGUAAUAAACGUAUAUACUGAGAUGUAAU